AUCAGAAUGAUCAUGUCGCUCUACACGGAUUCAGAUUCAGCACAGAUUGGGAUCACUACCAUGUUCUCCAUUUUGGUCAGCACGAAUCUCAUCGGCAACACAAUCGUGGGUCUGGUUAUCAUAUUGAACCGAGAUAUGAGGACUCCCAUGAACUUUCUACUUCUAAACUUGGCUGUAGCAGAUGCCAUGGUGGCGUUGUUCAUCGCUCCGCGCUUUAUUUUGAUCCACACCUUCGAACAUCCAGAUGGACAGGCAGGGACAUGGGUCUGCAAGCUUCUGACUGGGGGAAACCUUACUUGGACUGGCGGUGCUGCAUCAGUCUUUACCCUUGUGGCAAUUGCAUUUGAGCGAUAUUAUGCCGUGAUGUAUCCUUACGGCAACAAAGGGAAACUUACAUACGACAAGCUGAAGAUCAUCAUUCCUGCAUCUUGGAUUGGUGCAGGUAUCCUCAACAUUCCCCUAUUCCUGACAAUAUAUUUUGACAAGAAGAAAAACUUUUGCAUGGAAUACUGGCCCCCACCUGACUGGCUUCCGAAGGCAUAUAGCUCCACAUGGUUCUUUGUUGCUGGACUCAUUCCGAUACUGUUGAUGAUCAUGUUGUAUUCCAGGGUAGUAUAUGUGCUCUGGUUCGAAAAAGAGGAUGGCACUGUUGAAAACAUCACGCAAAAUACCCGGCAGGGUGUGUUAAGGGUGCGAAAGCGUGUCACCAGAAUGGUACUUGUAGUGAGUGUAAUUUAUGGCGUAUGCUGGUUGCCAAACCUGACUACUUACGCGCUCAACUACUUCAGUCCUUCGCAGAACUAUGGAGAUGUUACCUACAUCACCAGUAUCGUUCUAGUUACGUGCAAUUCUACUGUCAAUCCUUUUAUUUACGUCUUUGUAAACCAGAAAUUUCAAAGAAAAGUCAGAAGUUUGUUAUGUUGUGAAAAGACCUGCGGAAACCGAAUUGGGGUCUUCAUUGAGUCAACCAAUAACACCUACGAUCCCACUGACGCUGUCACACAACCUACCGUGGUAUCCAACAUACGAGUCAAACCGCGAACGGGAAGUUUAGUGUCCACCGCAGAUGGCAUGCAAGAGGACAGAAAAAACUUAAAGCAAUGAGUUGUAUUAUGCCAAUGAACAAGCAGA